AUGUCAUGGUCGUGGGGAAGGGGUGAACACCCCGGCGAGGCCUCCGGCUUCUCCGGCAGAGGGAAGUUUGCGGAAGGUGUUGAGCACCUGCAGCAGGCAGAGAAGGCGCUGAAAACUUCUCUGCGGCUGCUCAAGUUCUCUCCAGACUACGACGUUGCAGCACUCGAGUACAGGGCUGCUGCAGAGUGUUUCCAACAGGAUGGCUCCGAGCCAGCUCUUCCGGAAGCCCUCCACUGCUGGCAGAAGGUUGUGGAAAUUGCCGAUAAGCAGCAGGAUUCUGUCGGCGCCGCGCGCGCUCUAGAACAGAUGGCCUCUCUGCGGUCAGCGAGCCGCCCGGGGCAGCUUCAAGUGGAUUUCGCGGAGGUUAUUCGUCUGCAGGGGGAGGCAGCUCAUCGGUAUCGGCUAGCUGGCAAGAGUGACGCAGCUGUGCGGAUUCUGCAAAAGUCUGCAACCUUCAAAGAGGAGCAACAGCGUGACGGCCGUGGUGCGGCCGAAAUCCUAAACGAGUGCGUAUCGAUAUACGACGAAGACGAGAAGUGGCACUACGCUUCCGAAGUCUACCGCGACCUCAUCGAUCUCCUGGCCAGAGAGCGCAUGUAUACGGAUCUCCUCAAGGCGCUAGACGGGCACAUAAAGGUGCUUCAAAAGCUUAACCAACAAAACGGAAUCUACAAGGCAGUCCUGAGCAAGGUCAUCGUAUGCUUGACUAUGGGAGACGCAGUCGGCGCCAAUAACGCUCUUUCUGAUGAAAUGGCUUUCGCGAGCAACUUCAUGGGGAGUCGAGAAUUCCAGCUGGCGGCAGAUGCCGUUGACGCAUACAAGCAAGGCGACUCCGAUGCACUUGCGGAUGUGCUGGCGAACCAGACGUGGAGUUUUCUCUCCGUUGAGAUUUUCCGAAUGUCACGAGAUCUCAAGUUGGAGAGAGCCGUGGGACUACCUCCGUGUGCAGCGUCCUCUCACCUUGGACCUGGAGCUGAAUGUCACCGCGCAGGGUCCACAGCUGCUAGUCUGCAGGCUCUGCCGGUGUCAUCGGCCGCAGAAGAGAUCUGUGUUCCAUCAGUUUCAAAAGUUCAUUCGGCCUCAGGGUUGAGGCCCGAAGCUCCAGUCAUGGGCGGGAUGUCGGGCGCACGCGACCCCACCCUCACGUACAACACUAAGCAGCAAGCAGGAUUGGCGUCCUCCAAAGAGAUGAGUUCAUUGCUGCACCGCCACGUAGGGCGGUUAGACUCGGGCGCGUCUCGCGUUGCCAUGUGA